AGGACGACAGAGGCCACAAGGAAGAGUCACGGUCAGCGGUGGAGUGUGAGAAUAGAUACCUUCUUCUUCUCCCAUGGUUCCAUAUUAAGGGCUAACUGCGUACAACCAGUGUAGGAGGUUUUCAGGAGCCUGACCAGCAGGAUUAAAAUCCUGCCAACACCAGCUUUACACCAUGGUUGUCCCAGAGUCACAGGAUAAUCAACAGCCCUCUAGCAGCUCUGUGGGAAGCAGCACCAGUCAACAGUACAGAUCAAAUCCAUCCGUAUCCCAACACUCUGAAAGUCCACAACAUUUCAACUCUAAUGGGAAUAUUUCACCUGUCAACACCAGUCUCCGUUACGAGCCACAGGAGUACACUGAGACAGACUUUCUGCUCCCCAAUCAGCUCUACGGUCGGUCAAGCCUGAGUAGAUCAGUGACAGCAAAGGAUGCACAAGGCUCCGGCACGCCUCCGGAGACGGUCUGCUCCAUGGUGCUGCAGAUCCUGGUGCCAUUUCUGCUGGCCGGACUUGGGACAGUCUCUGCUGGGAUAUUGUUGGAUGUGGUACAGAACUGGGAUGUGUUCCAGGAAAUCACAGAGAUCUUCAUCCUGGUCCCUGCUGUGUUAGGCAUGAAGGGGAACCUGGAAAUGACUCUAGCCUCUAGACUCUCAACUGCUGUGAACACAGGAAAAAUGGAAUCUUCCAGAGAAAAGUGGAUGUUGAUUGUUGGGAACCUGGCGCUCAAGCAGCUACAAGCCACAGUGCUGGGCCUGUUAGCCUCCCUGAUGGCAACUGUGUUGGGCUGGAUGGCUGAAGGAAAGAUGCCCUUUAAUCAUGUGGUGCUUUUGUGUUCAACCAGUGUUUCUACUGCCUUUGUGGCUUCAUUGCUGCAAGGUAUCAUCAUGGUGGCAGUGAUCAUUGGCUCCAAGCGAAUGGGAAUCAACCCUGACAAUGUGGCGACACCCAUGGCAGCCAGCUUUGGGGACCUCAUCACUCUUGCCCUGCUUGCCUGCCUCAGUCAGUGGUUCUACUCUUUCACAGAUCUGUAUCCCCAUGUUCUGUACCUGGUGGAUCUGUUAUUUUUGUGCCUGAUCCCUCUCUGGGUGGUCGUCUCCUCCAAACACCCAGCCACUCACAUCCUGCUCCGCACAGGCUGGGAACCAAUCAUUACAGCGAUGGUUAUCAGCAGUAUUGGCGGACUUAUUCUGGACAAGUCUGUGUCAGAUCCAAACUUGGCAGGGAUCAUAGUUUAUGCGCCAGUCAUAAAUGGUAUUGGAGGAAACCUAGUCUCCAUACAGUCUAGUCGUAUUUCAACGAAUCUGCAUUUGAAAUUCUCACCUGGAGAGGUUCCUGAGGACCGUAAGAGUUGCUACAACCCUUGCCGCACUUUCUUUGGUUCAGGAGCAAACCACCGGUCAGCCCAGAUUCUUCUUCUUUUGGUCAUCCCUGGUCAGUUUAUCUUCUUAUACACCAUCCACCUCAUGAAGGGAGGCCACACUUUUCCCAGUCCUCUGUUAACUGUCGCCUUCUUGUCCGCUUCACUGAUUCAGGUCUUCUCCCUGCUGUGUAUAGCUGACUGUAUGGUCCACUGCCUGUGGCGGAGGCGUAAAGACCCCGACAGUUACUCAAUACCCUACCUCACAGCCCUCGGAGACCUUCUAGGGACUGCUCUCCUCUCUCUUGCCUUUCUCAUGCUGUGGUCCAUUGGUGACUCAGGCAAUGUAUAGGCUCAAAUAAGAGAAGGCUCAAGGAAGAACAAAUACAGAAAAACAGAAGGUGGUGAAUAAUAAAUACAAGGACAACAAAACAGAGGAUUGAUCAUCAAAUGCAAUCAUCUAUUUAUUCUUCAUGUUUUGUUGCAUCAUCUGUGUCAUCAUCAAUAUUCCUGUUACACUGUUGCUACAGUUUCAUCUCCCAACAUCAUCCUGUUUUACAGGAUCAUAAUCAAAACAUUUACUAUGCUGAGUCAGCAUUCGCACAAUUGUGAUCCAAAUCUUUAUUAUUUUCCUUCCGUGUGUUUUGCUAACUAUUUAUGCCUACUUUCAGAUCAGCCUUUUCAGGACAAUUUUUUAAUGUUGUUUUUCUCUUCUGGACAGAAACUUGGAUAUGGAUAUACAUUAGAAAGAAGAAAAAUUUGAAAAAUAAACCACAGUGCUUUAUUACAGUAGUUUGCAAAAUAAGAGAGACAUAAUAAUAAUAAUAAUAAUGAUAUUUAUUAUUAUUAUUAUUAUUAUAAAUAAAAACUUACUUUUAAAAACAUCACUGAAAAAGUCCUGGAAUUAAUAAUACACUGCAACACUGUUUUAGCCUGUUUUAGAGAAACGUUUAGUUGAUUUUGUGUUUUUUUCUACUUUACCAAUGAUUUUCAUCUUGUUGUUUUGUUGUAAUAGAUUGUGUUACAUUUGUUGGAUCACAGUAUCGGUGUUUAUUUUGAUGUUGGGUAUUUUAUGGCUAUGUCUGGUAUUGUUCUAUAUGAUCAGAAUUCUGUGAUAUUAGCGGCCAUAUUAAUCAUAAAAUAAAGGACAUGUGUCCUCUG